CGCUAAAAUAUCUUCAGAAAGUCGCCGGAACUACCUGACUGACUGACUGCCUUGCACGUAUUCCAUGGAUGUUGAUUCCCUGAAGAAUUCCAGUCAUGUUGCUACGCGGUGGGCGUGCGGGGGGCGAGGCGUGACUCGGGGCCGGGACUCUGAAAGAGCAGCGCAGAUAAGCAGUGAAAGUCCGGGCUGGUUUCUGAGGAGAGGAGAGCAGAAGGAGCAUCGCUCUGAGGAGAAGGAGUCCUGAGGAAGGUUGUGUUGCUUCGACAGACUAAAAGUCAUAUCGUUACUGGACGAGCACCACAAUGUCGACCCUUUGGUCUCUCCCGUCCCGCCUGGCUGUAUUAUCGUGUAUAUGGAGUCUGUGCCUCGCUCAGUUCGAGUACGUGGGUUACCCUCAUGGUUAUCCUGAACCUGUGGAGGAUCAGUACAUCGCGCCACAGAUUCCAGCUGACGUACCCAGGAUCCAGCUGCGUCUGGCCGGGGAGAAGCGCAAACACAACGAGGGCCGAUUGGAGGUCCUCUAUAACGGGGAGUGGGGAACCGUAUGUGAUGAUGAUUUCAACAUCCAUGCCGCUCAGGUGGUGUGCAGGGAGCUGGGCUACUCUGAGGCGGUUUCCUGGGCCCCUUCAGCCAAAUACGGGAAAGGAAAUGGCCGCAUCUGGUUUGAUAAUGUCCACUGCACAGGGAAGGAGAAGACCUUGGCGCAGUGCGAGUCCAAUGGCAUCGGAGUAUCCGACUGCAAACACUCAGAAGACGUAGGGGUGGUGUGCAGCGACAAAAGGAUCCCAGGAUUCAGGUUCCUAAGCCCCCUCAACAACAACGUUGAUAGUUUGAACAUCCAGGUGGAGGACGUGCGCAUUCGGCCGAUCCUGGCGUCCUACCGGAAGCGAAUCCCAGUGACGGAGGGCUACGUGGAGGUGAAGGACGGAGGAAAAUGGAAGCAGAUUUGCGAUGAGGAGUGGAGCCUGAUGAACAGCAGGGUGAUCUGCGGCAUGUUCGGCUUCCCCGGAGAGAAGAGAUACAACAUGCGCGUCUACAAAAUGUUUGCCCGCAGGAGAACGCCGUCCUACUGGGAUUACUCUGUGAACUGCACUGGAAACGAGGCCCAUUUGUCAAGCUGUAAGCUGGGUCACUCUCUCGCGGCCAAGGGCAACAGCUCGUGUGGUCAGGGCAUCCCCGUGGUGGUCAGCUGCGUCCCUGGCAGGGCCUUCGCUCCUACCCCCAUGGCUGGCUACAGGAAGGCCUUCAGACAGGAGCAACCCCUUGUUCGUCUGAGGGGCGGGGGGGUGGUGGGCGAGGGCCGGGUGGAGGUGCUGAAGAACGGGGAGUGGGGCACCAUCUGCGAUGAUAAAUGGAACCUGGUGUCAGCCACUGUGGUCUGCAGAGAGCUCGGCUUCGGGACGGCCAAAGAAGCGCUUUCUGGUGGUCAGCUGGGACAAGGAAUGGGCCCAGUCCACAUGAAUGAGGUGCAGUGCUCUGGCUUUGAGAAGUCCGUUACUGAGUGCCAGUUUAACAUGGAUAAGGACUCAGAGGGAUGCAGUCACGAAGAGGAUGCGGGUGUCAGGUGUAACGUUCCCGCCAUGGGCUUCCAACAGAGACUGCGUCUAAGCGGUGGCCGUAAUCCAUUCGAGGGCCGUGUGGAGGUGCUGGUGGAGCGGAAUGGCUCUCUGGUUUGGGGUACAGUGUGCGGCGAGGGCUGGGGCACCAUGGAGGCUAUGGUGGUGUGCAGACAGCUCGGCCUGGGCUUCGCCAGCAAUGCCUUUCAGGAGACGUGGUACUGGCCUGGUGCCGUGAGCGCUGAUGCAGUAGUGAUGAGUGGAGUCCGUUGUGCUGGAACUGAAAUGUCUCUGUCUCACUGCCUCCAUCACGGAGAUCACCUCAGCUGCCCUAAAGGAGGAGCGCGACACGCUGCCGGAGUCUCCUGCUCUGAGACCGCCCCAGACCUGGUGCUCAACCCUCAGGUGGUGGAGCAGACCACGUAUAUAGAGGAUCGACCCAUGUUCAUGCUGCAGUGUGCCUACGAAGAGAACUGUCUGGCGUCCACCUCCAGCUCCACCCCGGCCAACUCUUACCGCCGCUUGCUGCGCUUCUCCUCGCAGAUCCACAACAACGGCCAGUCUGACUUCAGGCCCAAAGCCUCCAGAGAAUCCUGGGUCUGGCACGACUGCCACAGACAUUACCACAGCAUGGAAAUCUUCACUCAUUAUGACCUGCUCAGCUUAAACGGCUCCAAAGUAGCAGAAGGACACAAAGCCAGCUUCUGCCUGGAGGACUCUGAGUGUGAUGAAGGGAUUGAGAAGAAAUAUGAGUGUGCCAACUUCGGCGAGCAGGGUAUCACGUUGGGCUGCUGGGACACGUACAGACACGACAUCGACUGUCAGUGGGUGGACAUCACUGACGUAAAGCCUGGAGAUUACAUAUUCCAGAUUGUCAUUAACCCCAACUACGAGGUAGCCGAGUCAGAUUAUAGCAACAACGUUGUGAAAUGCAAGAGUCGAUAUGAUGGUCAUCGUAUAUGGAUGUACAACUGCCAUAUAGGAGGAUCGAUCGGUGGCGAAACAGAGGAGACAUUCCCUGGCCUGCUGAAUAACCAGGUGACCCACAGGUAAGCGACGGGGGCUUUCAUGGGACAGCAGAGAUGCCAUCAAUCCCAACCACUACAACUCCAGAGAGCACUCAGCAUCAACACACCAGCAUAAAACCUCCAGUACCACAAAUGCAAUCAGCUCAGGAUGCCUCAAAAACCCACCUCAACAAGAAUGGCUGAAAACCCCCCACUCAAAAACUGACCCAGAUAAAGAUGCUCCAGAAGCAACCUCGACACAACUGGCAUAGGAUGACCAGAAAUAACCAACUGUUGUUGGCCCCACAACACCCUCCACCAAUUAGUGAAAUAUAUUAGUGUAGUUCUUACGGAAGAACUUUCGGUACAACGUUUGAGAGACAAGUUCGCUUGAUGCUGAACCCCUAAACUCAGUCAACUAAGACUUACCAGCUCAUCUGCCGCCAGUGUUGGAGAUGCAACUGUGGAUUUUUAAGGGAAUUCUGAUGCACUUUUUUGUAGCCUAAAGGAACUCAAUGUUCAUUCUGCGAGUGCAGAGAAUUGAGAGGACUUCUGAAAAUUCAUCUGAAAGGAGCACUAUCUGGAAUCUAUAUUAAGAAAGAAUUUGUUGCCUGAGCAUAUAUUGUGAAGUACUACAGUACUAAGACUGACGCCUUGCCAGUAAAUAUUUUUUUAGUGUCUUAUGAUUCUAUAUCAACACAAUCUUGGGGCUGGUUGCACCAACAUGGCAAACAGCACAAUCCAGUGGCCAGUUGUAAGCGUAAUGGGUUGUAACUUUCUAAGCCUAAAUGGGAGACUGUAGCUCCAAUUGGCCAUAAAAUAAAUUUUCACAAAAACCAGACAUGAAAUAUACGCAGUGCUAGUUAUUCGGAAAUGGCUUUCCUGGUUCAUCGAGAAGGUAAUUAGUGAUUGAAGCAAUUGGGUAUCAGAGCUAAUUGAGAUCUUCAGAGAAAGAAUUUGACAGUGCCUAGGUUUCCAUCCACUAUUUUUUGCAUAUUUUGGCAUAAUUGAUUAAAAAAGACUUGAAUAAAAUCAGCAAACACUGCACACAGAUGUUUGUCCGUUCACUUCACUUGGGUAUAUAUUUUGCCAAUAAAAAAGAAAUGGUAUAAAUUAUAAUGGAACCACAUUUGCUCAAUAAAUAAUGUAAUGAUCCAUGUUUCUCAGAAGGGUUUAUACAGACAUAACAUUGACAUUUUUUUUCCAUAGCAACAAGUAACAAGUAAUAGGUACAUAUAUAGCAACGAGCACUCUUGCUUAGAAAUGCUAUUGUUUUUACAUGGAGUGAUCUUAUGCCUGGCCACAAUUGCAACAGGUGUACAGUCCUUUCUAAAAAAUCAGUGAGCACUUAAGAUCAUCUUGGUUAAGACCUGUUGGUGAAACCAGCCCCUGGAGCAUUAGAGAAAUAAAACACAUUGUAAUUUAAGUUUGAUAAAUGCAUUUGAAUCAACAGAGGUCUUGAGGUUUGAAUCACCAUUUAGGACUUUGUAGCCACAGGUCUAUCCACCAUGAAGUCUGCAUUCAUGCAGUGGAUCUGGAACUGACCGCAGCUUAUCUAACCUGCGUGUCUCAAUGAAUGAGAAAUACAUUUACAUUUGAGAAUAGACUCAUAUAGAUGGGUGACAUAUUAAAGGAAGAUAGGAAGAAAAGAGGGGAGAACGUGCAAAUGUUUCCAGACACGUAUAGAGCGUGAUGUGGCAUAUAAAACAAUGCUGACCAGAUCCAGGUCAUCUCGAGGAGCUUCAGUCACAAAGACUGCUCAACUGGCUAUUGUUUUAAUAAUGACUAAAAUGACCUCUGCAGUUAGAUCUACAGGAAAUACAUCAGCUGGAAAUUGCACAUCCAGUGAUCCAGUGAAUGUGGUGCUUGUGCUUUAGUGCAAUACAUUAGAGCAGCUGUUCCUCAGGUGACUAAGAUCAUCAGUGCAAGACGUGACCAGACUCAGCAAGAACAGUCUGUCCACUACCACUUAGAGAGGGAUAUGAUAGUGGUCCACAGAGAUGUGGAAACUGGGAGAGUGGAUUAGUAGCGAACAUCAAGAGAACACUACAGGCCUGAAUGCUUGACCCCUGUCUUGAGGGUGUCCUGUACUGGGAUGGUUUGGGUCCACUUCUCACCUUAGAGCAAGGGGUCACUGCAAAUCUUCUGUAUGCUAUGACGGAACAUUUCUAUCCUGGUCUCUUCCAGUAUUACAAUGUCCCCAUCCACAGAGUACAAAUGGUUUCAUGAGUAUGAAAAAGAUGUAAAUCAUGUGCUAUGACCUUCACAGUCACCAGAUCUUGACCAGGUCGAACACCUAUGGGAGGCGUGUUAGCACGCAUUCUCCACCACCAUCAUCAAAACACCAACGAACUGGACGGAAAAUUAUGUUACUUUUUCCUUUAAUUCAUCACCUGUCUGUCCAUUUGACUUACAAUCCAUCUUCCUCAUCACUCGGUUAGCAUAGCAUGUUCAGACCACAUUGUCACCUAGAAAAGGCGGCCAUAAACUUGCCGAUUUUUGAUGAGAAUUAAAGCAAUUACUAGCAAGUGACACUAGUGUAGCAUUCCAAAGGAAUCAUCAUGCAGAACUGGACCCUGAGUGCUUUCAGAAGAACAAACUGGACACUGCCAACAAAACAUUCCUCUAGCAAUCACGCUGAAAACAUCCAGUCCUAUAAUCUAUCUAGUUUUUGUUUCCUUUAAUUUCAUUGUUACCUUAUUUCUUUUACUGUUAAUCUGCCUAUGACAACUCUAAUAACAGCUAAUAUACACCUUCUACUUACUGCAUUUAAGGUCAUAUCAAGGAUUUGAAUUUGCUAGAACGAUUGUAGCUUCAAUUAGUAACUUAUUUUAAGUCAGGGACUUCAACACUUCUUCUUUUUUCUUCUUUUUUGGUUCAGAAUGUCUUUUUAUGAUGUUGAUUCUGUUCCAACGGUGCUAUCAAAGAUAUAUCCUCUGUUUUUAGAGGGUACACAUCAUGAUGUGACUGAUUAACCUUAUGCUUACUUGAAUGGAGCGUAAAAUUCCAUACUGUGCGUUUUUUUUGAAUAUUGUUUAGCAAUAAAUAAACGUAAGCAUUCAGCAACAAGAA